AUGAAUCGUCUCAGGGGUCGGAAGAAGGCCAAGGACGAGGCCCCUCCUCGUCCCUCGGUCGAUUCAGAGUCCUCUGGUCCUUUUAAAAUGUUUGGUCGCUCCAAGAAACCAGUCGAAGAAAAUGCGCCACAGGUCGACCUAGCCAGUGCCCUCCCACCAACCGACGACUUUCGUACCAGUCUGCUCAUGACUGGCCUCUCAGCUCGAUUCUCCAUGCUGCGUGAACAAGAUGACCCGGCUAGUAAGCUCGGAAAAGCCAGCGACGAUAGUGUGCUGCAGCCCAAGCGACAAUCGAGGAUGGACUUUGGCCUAGGCAACGGUCUUGACGACAUUGCCGAAGACAGCUCGUUCCGCAAUCCCCCUUUCGCCCGAAUGGACUCCUACCAGUCAGACGACGCGGCCUCCUUAUCUGGUAGCAUCAUGAACCGCGCGAAGCCCACUGAAGGAAACAACUUAUUCGGCGGCCGACAAAAGAUAUAUAAAAUCUCGGCAACGGGAGGUAACGGGCGAACACUCUACGACGACGACGUGGCACAAUCGUCGUUUCAGCGUUGGAGACAGACAGAGAAGGAGCGCAGCUCGUUAGAGAACGAGCGCGCAGGAGAUACACAGGAAUCCGGUUCCCUAAGACCAGAGUCGCCUCACGACUUCAGCCGACGCAGGGAGACCAGCUCAACAAUGUCCUCGAAUCCCUCGGCUGCCCGCGACUCGACAGCUGCCACAUCGAUCGCUUCUCAGCCCGCAUCGUCUGCCAAAGACUGGCAGGCCUCGUCAGCAACACCCGCAGGCCUACCCGAACGCAGCGUGACCCGGACGAGGCGACUUUAUGAGCAGAGUCUGGCAGAGGGGAUGCAAGAUCACCAGUCCUCGGCACUGUCGCGCAUUGACACACUGUCCAAGGGCCGCUUCAACCCGCGAACCCCCGACCUUGCCAGCAAUGCUUCAACCCCUUCAGGCUUCACUGCUUUCGAUCGCAACAACGACCGACGACCCAUGAUUUCGAAGGCCAGCGCCCCCAACCUACGAUCUUUCAGCCCGCCAAACUCAGUCACCGCACACCCUUCGCCUGCUGAGAGCACCUCACGUUUCCCAACCGUUGACGCCAAGACAACAGCUGCCUCGCCACCCCUGAGUCCUCCCAUCAGUGAGACGGAGGAGUACCCGACUCUGUCCAUUGGCGCCAAUGACCGGGGGAAGGCUACUUCUCUAGGCUUCCUCAACCGACCCGCAGGUCAAUACGACGAGAACCGCUACGCCCAGCGCCAGCGCCAGCUCCAGCAGGGUCGCGAGACACCCACCUCUAGGCAUAGGACCGAAUCCAACGGCUCGCAGCCCACCAGUCGUUCUCGCUCGUCGUCCUCGGUGAAUCGCUCCCACAUCGAACAGAGCGAGUCGGCUGCCAAGCCCAGGCCCACGAUCCGCGAGGAGGUUUCAUCGCCAACCUUCCUCAAUGUUGGUGAUGAAGAUGAUGAUUUGCCUGCACCCACUCGUCCCGCGCCUGGAUUCCAGCCGAAUACGCCUCAGGUGAAGGUGGAACGCCCAGCGGACCAGGAUCACCCUGCUUUCCGCCAGUCUCCAGUUCCAACCCCUCUGACGAUAUCAAGGAGGACCUCUGUCGAGGCCCUCAACAAGCCCGACGAUUCACCCGAAGACUCUCCAACAUUGGGCCCUGGUCCAGCGGGUCUAAGCGGCAUGGUCCGACAGCACCUGCGAAACGUCAGCAAUGCGUCGUCAGUCUACGACAACCACCCACAGGACGAUGAGGAUGCGGCGGUUGCGCAAGCCCAGGACAGCCGAAACACUCACAGCGCCAUUGACCUGGCGGUUGAUUCAAACCCCUGGGGCUCGGACAGCAACCAGUGGGAGCAGACAGAAGAGCCCAGCCAGGCUUCGAAGCAGGACACCCCCGCGGCGCACCAAGUUACAGACGAGGAGCUCACACGAGGUCGAAACUCUGAGGCGGUCAGCAAAGGCCGGGAGACAGAUGAGUUUGCGCGCAACCUUGCUGACGGCGCCAAGAGGGUCCGCGAACGAUUGACCAGCUACGUCGAAUCCGAUCACAGCCGAUCCACGUCUCCUGUGGCAUCGCCCGUGGACAACUCGGAUCUUCCUCCGCCUCGGACUGGCGCGUUCAGUGCCUUGCGCUCCAAGUCGAGUAGUCGAUCGGCCCGUGAGCCGAAUGGAGAGCGCGAGCGAAGUCGCUCCGCGGCGCGAAAGGUGCUGGGCUUGGGAUCAUCCAGCUCGCACGCGCCGAUGCCCACCAGGCCGUCGGUCGAUGACGGUCCACAUCGUGAGGAAUUGUACGGGUCAUCCGGCGAAAAAUCGCCAACCGACAAGGACGAGGGCGCUCACGCAGGGCUGAAGGCUUUCCGACAGGCCCGCCGCGAGUUGCAGAGAAUGAAGGAGCUCGAAACGAAGCAGCGACGCCAGGCCGCACCGACACAUGCCCCACCGCCUCCUCCCCCGGCGAUGCGAUCGUCUCUGCCUUCUCAGGAUCGAGGUCCCCCUCCCGUCAGCUACAACCGUAACCCCAGUGCUGACGGCGACUCGCGGCCUGGUUCAGUUGGUGCAUCCGAGCGUGAUCGAAGUGGUUCUGAGGCCAGCAACACCGGUGGUGCCUCUGCUUAUCGCCCUCGUCUGCGAACUACCUCAUCAGCUUACGAUGAGUCCCGCGCACCUAAUGACAUGAGGAGCCCUCAGGGCAUGUCCCCUUACUCCAACUACGACAGAUCACACAUACCAAUGACAUCGUCCACGCCAAAUUUGGCACUGGCCAACACUGGCGCACCUCCACCCCUACCUCCCAUCAAUCCUCGUCGGAAGGGCAUGGGAAGCCCGCAUCCCCACGAUGAGAGUGGCACGAAGACCCCUAUGAGUCCCGCCAGUCAGGGACGGUCACCAUCACGGACCAGGAUGGUGUCCGACGACGACAUGGGGCCGGGACAGUACAGGCAGCGCCUGCGCAAGGUUCCCAGCGAAGCGAAUGGCGUGGCGGCCCCUUCGUACAGAAGUCGCGCAAACCCUUCCUACGAGAAUGGGCCGCGGAUGCCGUUGCAGCCACGCACGGCUAGCAGUAACUCCCCAGGCGGCAUGUUUUGA